CAGCGGCCAUGAUCAUCGGCUCCUGUGAGUGGGAGGAAUCUGAGCAGCGGCGGAGGAUGAUGAUGCUUAUGGCUGUCACAUCCAGAGGACCACCAGACACCUCAAACCUGUGAUGUUAAAAACCACUGCGGCAGCUGAACGAUGGCCUUGCCUGACGUUUUCGUGGGGCUCAUAGUGGUCGUAAAUGUUUGUUCUGUCAGUGGCACACACGCCCAAACCCGGGCUUUAAUCGACUCCAAACAGAGAUCUGUGUUUUACAGUGGCGUGGUCACCAUCCUCUCUAAGUCGCACGCGGACCGCAACGUUUAUCCUUCUGCCGGAGUGCUUUUUGUACAUGUGCUUGAGAGGGAAUAUUUUAAAGGAGAAUUCCCACCAUAUCCGAAAGCAGGUGAUACUAGUAAUGACCCCAUCACAUUUAACACUAACCUGAGAGGUUUUCCAGACAGGCCUGGAUGGCUGCGAUACAUUCAGAGAACGUCACAUAGUGAUGGAGUCCUGUACGGCUCACCGACUGCUGAUCAUGUGGGCAAGCCAACCAUCAUUGAGAUUACCGCGUAUAAUAAACGCACUUUUGAAACCGCCAGGCACAACUUGGUCAUAAACAUCAUGUCUACAGAAGAGUUUCCCCUGCCCUAUCAGGCCGAGUUCUACAUCAAGAACAUGAAUGUUGAGGAGAUGUUGGCCAGCGAGGUGCUGGGAGAUUUUCUGGGGGCUGUCAAGAACGUUUGGCAGCCGGAGAGACUCAAUGCCAUCAACAUCACUUCAGCGCUGGACCGGGGCGGACGAGUGCCAUUACCCAUCAACGACCUGAAAGAGGGUGUGUAUGUGAUGGUGGGAGCAGAUGUGCAGUUCUCAUCGUGUCUUCGGGAGGUGGAGACGCCACAGAACCAGCUGAGAUGCAGUCAGGAGAUGGAGCCCGUCAUCAGCUGCGAUAAGAAGUUCAGAGCACAGUUUAACAUUGACUGGUGCAAGAUUUCUCUGGUGGACAUCACUAAGGUUGUUCCUGUGCACAGUAACCGCCCAGACCCGGGCACUGGUGUGCUGCCAGACAUCGGCGAGUACAACCCACCCUCCGAGUCUCUGAAAAGCAGAGAUUAUUUCGCUGACUUCCUGAUCACCCUGGCGGUGCCCUCAGCAGUCGCCACAGUACUCUUCAUCAUCCUGGGAUACUCCAUGUGCUGUCGACGGGAAGGGGUGGAAAAAAGAAACAUGCAAACACCAGACAUUCAGCUGGUUCACCACAGCUCCAUUCAGAAGUCCACUAAGGAGCUCCGCGGGAUGUCGAAGAACCGGGAGAUUUCGUGGCCUCUCUCCACACUGCCAGUUUUCCAUCCUGUGAGCGGAGAGGUGGUGCCGCCGAUCCAUCCUGACAACUACGAGACCACUAGCAUGCCACUUAUGCAGACGCAGACAAAUUUACAGAAUCAGAUCCAAAUACCACAGCAGCAGACUUCUGGAGAUAAUUAUUGUAUGUCCACUUUUCGGAGGCUAGAGGUAAAUGGUAUUCCUGAGGAGCGGAAGGUGGCCGAAGCUCUGAACUUGUGAUUUUACGUGGAUUCACUUUUGUAUGAGUUUAAUUGUGCCAAAUGUGCAUGUGUACAGUAGCUGUAGCAAAACAAGCUCAACGACUGCAUGUUCAUGCACACGUCUGGAAGUGUAAUAUAGGUGUGAGGACUAAUGAUGGGAUCUGAACACUAAAAAAAGACUUCAAAAUAAUAUCAGCAUUAAUAUGUUAUCUAAUGCGGCAACUUUUUUUAUUUAGAUUUUUUUUGACCACUUACGGAGUCACAUUUAAUAAGAUCUAAACAGGAUUGUUGCUAUAAGCGUAAAUGUGUUUUGUAAAAAAAUAAAAUAGUACACUUGACACUAAACAAU